AUGUAUUAUGUUGUAGUGUUAACAUUUAUUUUAAAUUUACAAACUUUAAGCGAUGGCCAAGUUAUAUUAUUUGGAAACUGUACAGAUGUGGAGACUAUGAAGUAUUUUGAAAUAGAAAGGUUUCUAGGUAAAUGGCAUCAAAUAGAGAGAUUUCCGUCCUGGUAUGAAGAAUCUGGUGACUGUUCCUACAAACUCAUCGAGCAAUGUGGCAGACGGAUUGAAUUCCAACAUACUUAUGUAAAAAAUCGCAUUCAAUAUGUGCUUCAUAUUAAUAGCUCUUACGCACCCGGGGACGAAGCUGUUUUUUAUAUACCGGAGAAUAACAUAGAUCCACUUGGCAUUCCUUUGUCAAUAAUAACAACAGAUUACACGAACUACGCAAUCGUGUAUGGAUGCACAUUUAAUGAGACUUCGAAUCUUAAACACGUUGUAGCAUGGAUUUUAUCAAGAAAUACAACUCUUCAACCAGAUUUACUUAACAAAGCAUAUCAGGAACUGAACGUGCUACCCUCUGGUGGCAUAGCGUAUUUGGAAAAAGUGAAUCAAGAUGAUAAAUCCUGUUACCACAAUUGGUCAGCUCAUGUUUACGCAGAGUAUUAUAACAGUACAGUUAAA